AUGCUGCCAGAAAAUGUAUGUCACCUUCAAAAUCUUAGGAAACUAGAUUUGUAUGACAAUUACUUAUGUGAGUUGCCUGAAGGCCUGACCAGAAUAUUGGAGGUUGAUAUAGCACAAAAUUAUGUAGAAGAGCCUUUAGAUGAAGAAUAUGUUAAUAAGAGAGAUAAGUUAAGGCUAAAUAUAGUUGGAAGAUGUAAUGGAAGGAAAUUUGAAGUUGUCCGGCCUGAAAGCACUCGUACUUCUUACACAUCAGAUGAUGAGGGAUGUGAAUUGCCAUCUGCUAACCUAAAAGAAGAUAUUCCUGCAAAUUCAGAGAAUCGGCCAAGUUCUCCAGAAGACUGGGACUCUGACGACUACUGGGUACCACAUUAUUUUCAUAAUGCCACUACACCUCAAUCUCAUUGGCAGUGUUUCAUAAAGCAAAAGAUAGAGGAAGGUAAUUUCUGUCCCAUAGAUGCCCACACAGUAUCAGUAGCCGAAAAAGUCAAGUAUGAAAAGAUGUGUAACCCACAAGUUGAAUAUGAAUCUGAUGGACAGUUUGAUGAUUAUUCCGGAGAUGAUAGC